AAAAAUAAAAAAUCAUUGCUGACAAUAGAGGUUUGAAGAAGGAAAUAAAUUAUUGUCUGAUUAGGGGAGUGGGGGGAAGAUAUCUUGCCCCCUUUCCCUCAUGACUCACUGUUGGAAUUUACAAGUCUUAUGUGUUUGUCUAAAUUAAAAGCUUAGUAUUACCAUACAUUAAUUACUCACACAAGAUAGCUCAAAAUACUUAACCUCUUAAAUGAAUGUGCUAGCCUGGGAUAUAGAAGGUUCAUUCCUGGGUUUGUAUCAGACCCCAGCAAAAGGAAAUUUUAACAUUUUUUUCUUAAAUUGAAAAAUUAUAUAAUUAGGUGAUCCCAAAUAUCUUUGAAAUCUUUCUGCAUUUAUGAACUGUUUCUCCAUCAGCCUUGAAUCCGAUGUCUCAUUUGGUCUUGAAUUGUGGUAAGAUUUUUAAGUAAACAAAUAUUCUAAGGUAUGAAUUUUAACUGUACUUCAGGCUAGCACAUUUUUCUGGGAGUUGGGAAAUCUGCCAUUAUAAUCUAUUAAACUUGAAAGCAUGUAAUAAUCUUGAAUGUGUUAGGCAAUUUAUCAGUGGAGUGUGCUCAGUUUUUUGAGGUUCUGCAAGAUAUUUUUUUAUGACCAACAAUAAUAGAAUUAUAUUGUGCAAUAAUAGACACCAUCCUUCAGAAGCAGAUUUGUGUGUCAAAGGCAACAAUAGUACCUGGAGGACAAAGCAUAAAUUCUGUAAUAACUCAAAGGACCAGCAAGAAUAUGAACUGCUUAGUGGAGGAACAAAAAGUGUUUUGAACUUCAAUUUUAGUCACUUUACCUAGGUUUUAGGUCGCCCUGUUAUUUUUCUUAGAUCAUGCUUGGAAUCAAGUCCAUGUGCUGUACUGGAGAGCAGGUUUGUCAUUGUGGUGCAGUAGGAUGUCAGAGCAGCUGAUUCCGUUGGGGGCUGAGGUUUCACAAUAGGGAUGAGCUGGGUUAACCAUUUCCUGCAGCUCUGGAAGAGGCUCCUUCCUUUUCCUUGCUGCUCAUUCCCACCAUUUGCUGUGAAUGGACUGCCCUGCUUGUCUCAUCCAGCUCACUGAAAAUGUAAAAACAGCUGUACCCAAAGAACAUGAAAGAGAUUUGUGUACACGUGGGUAGAUAUGUGAGUGUAUACAUGUAUGUGUGUGUAUAUUGCAUUGACUCUUGCCUUGUCCAUGUUGGUGCAGGAGGGAGCAGGCUGCUUGGCUAAGGUUGAUAACAAAGAAGGGGAUGGGCAAGUGCAAUCUCUCUUUUUUCGAGUAUUUUUGUUUAUUCAGUUGAGUUUAUUGUGGAGCUCUACCCCAGGCAAUGUAUUUUGAACAGGUGAAUAGAGCACUGAGGUGAAAAUAAAGUCUCUGCAGUGUGGUAAUGUUGUUACUUCAGAGAUAAGUUAUGGUUUCACCAGUUUCCACAUCUUUAUUGCAUACCUAGUAACACUUUACAUUUUAUCCGAAAUGGGAAAAAGUAAGGGAUAUUGGUUUUUUGGUAAAAUAUGUGGUCUUUGAGGAAAUCUUAAGAAACAAAUAUAAAGCCGGGACACAAAAAAAUGGAAAACCAACAAAACUUAACUGGCUGUUGCUAGUCUGUCAUCAUUUCCCACCCCUCACUUUGAAGUAGUGCAUUCUUUCCAAUUUCUGCCCAUGAUUUCCUUAUUCUCUAGGUUCAUAGUGUAUGCUAGCCUAGUUCUUUGGUAGUGGAAGUACAAUUAAGAUUUUUGUUUUAGUUUCCGGUUCACUGCUUUGCUUAGCAGCAGAAUUCUAUUUAUGUGUGAAGAGUCUGUAGCUAUAAAAUACUUUAUUUAAGGAAUUCCAACUCCACCAGGAAGCAAUCUCAUCUAAACUUGCAUAUAUUGCACACACUGUAUUUAACCCAUGUAUCGUUAUGUCUAAGUCUGACAAAAGGAUUUCAGUGUUCACAUGAUUAAACUUUUGUUUAUAAAUUGAGAAUGGGGGAAGACACUGAAGCUUCAGUUUUGUGUAGGUGAAGUGGAUGUAACUGCAGGGGUUGCUGAUGUCCUGCAUCCCUGCUGCUCUCUCUCUUGUAUGGGCUCUCUCUGGUAUUUAUCUGUUUCUGUGCUGAGCUGUCUGCAAACUCAGCAGGAAGUUGUUUGCCUUUACUUUUUUUUUUCAUUCUUUUGUUUCCUCUUUUUUUUCCCCUCCAGGAUACUUCUCUGCCAGCUGAGCACACUGAAACUGACUCUGUGCAGGGUCAGAUAAGAACUGGAACCAGCACAAGAAAGGGCAGAAGUGUGUAGAUUGCAGGAAGGAUGUAAUCAGUUUUAUCAGUUUAGGUUUGGAUCUUGUAGAGUGAAAUGACUCCAUGGUGGUGAAUGAAUAUGGAUGGGGAGAUGGAUUCAUGCCAAGAGCAUCUACAUCUACGUCCAAAAUGGCAAAGCAGCUAAACUUCCCUGCUCUCUGAAAUCAGAACAAGUAAACAGUGAGUUUCUAAGGUCUCUGCUAGGCUAAUCUAGGAGAGUCUCUCCAGUCCCAAAUCCCAUGCUCAUAAGUACAGUGCAUUGACUAGCAUCUGAAUUAAUUCUGUGUUCUAAUCUCUCGGGAGCCAGUUGGACACUGGGAGACCAGUAAGCCUUGUUCUCUUUAAAUGCAAAAUGUGUCUGUCCAGACCUACUAAGGGGAAUAGCUGAGAAUUGUUGAGAGUUCCCAUAUUAGAUGAAAAAAGUUGACAGAGCUGCAUUAAGGUGUGGAGUAAAGUCUUGCCUGCGUAGCUCUCUGGUGUUUAAAGGGAAAGAAACAGUGGUUUGAGAUUGGCAAGGUUUACCACAACCAUUAAGUACGGGCUUACCUGCAUAAUUUUAAUUUUUUUUUCGUUUCUCUUAGAAGCUGGGUAAAGUCUUAGUUUAUAGUAACAAGUGCAGUUUUAGUUGAGAAGAUAUAUUUUUAAUGCAUUUUUGCAUGAGAAAAUCCUUUUCUAAUCCUGUUUCCUAAUGCAAUUUGUCUAAUUUAUGUUUCAAGACAGUGCUGCACCUGUUGGUGUUCUUACUGCUUCUCUGCAGGUGAUACUUUCAACGUACUAAUGGUGCUUUCAACAUAAUUCAACUUAUUUUUUCUUGCCUCCUCCUCCUUCCCCCAUGCUUACUACUUAUAAACAAACAUGCUUCAGAAAGUGUAUCUGACUAUUUUCUGAAAUCUUAAUCAGGGUGGUGGUCAAAAAUAUGUCCUGAUUUUUUUCUACCUAGGCAGAGGGGUUUUCAAAUUACUUAAAUCCCAAAAGUUGUCAUAGUUUGUCUUUCAUAAAUGUUUCUUAUAUCUCACUCACUUCCUUUGAAAAGAUAAAGUGUAAGGAGAAGGUAUUUUCACAUUGUCAUGGUAUAAUUGAUGUCUGUAAAAUGGUUGGUAGGCUGUUAGUGUUUCAUAGAGAGAAUAAUGUGAUAGCCAGAGCAUAAACCAUGUGAUGGUAUGGACAGCAUAGGAAACUAGUAUGCCAGCAAGUUUAAACAGUUCAACCAGUGGUAUUUAACUGUUACCCACUUUCAGCUUAACUAACUUGUUUGGGCAUCUGAGAAAGCAUCUGUGAAGCCAUUGCUUGCAAAUCCUACAAGAUAAUUUUUAUACUACAUGGGUGUUUUAGAUACCUGACUUAUUCAAAUAUAUAUGUCAAAGUAGUCAAACCAGGUUCUUAGUGUUAAAAUUGCUAUUCAGAGAAGUGGUUAGAUUUUACUGCCAUGUAUUUAAAAUGCAAGUUCUUGGAAUUGAAAUUUUGAAUGAUUUUUCAGGCUAGUGAACGGGUUAAUUACUAUUCAGGCACCAAACAGUUGGACUGCAGGUAUACUUUGAGAGAUGACUGAGUUCUUGGAACAGUGUCUUGUAAAAAUAAACUAUGAAACUCUUCUCUGUGUGCAGCUUCAUCUCUGCAUGCAGCUCUGAAUGUCUCAGCACGCCUGAUGCUUAAUUUCUUAAUGUACUGUUUUAUUGUCCCAAGUCAUCUAAGUUUUAGUCAAUUUUAGCUGCAAGUCUGAAUCACAUACUUCUGAUUGUGGAAAAAAGAUCUGUAAUGGUUGACCUCCUUUACACUUUUAAAUCAUGUCAGGAUGAAUGCAAUUAUUUUAAAACCAUAUCACAUGGAUUUGAGUCUAUUCUAGCCCAUGCCACUUGGAAAUAUUUUCAGUCCUUUUUCUGAAUAUUUUUUUUAUGUACUAGUAGUACAGUAUAGCUGUCAUUUUAUUGUUAUUUAUUAACACUUCAGCAAGGGCUUGUUGGAUAUGGGAAGGUGCUAUACAUAUCCAAGCUUUACACUCAAACAAAUUUUAAGUCUUGUUUGCAGUGCUCUCUUCCUGCCAAAUUCCUGACUGCAGUACUUUAUUUUUACUUCCCCCCUUCCACCCAGAUGGUGGAGAGCAAUAGUAUUUGUUUUUGUCAAAGUGAUAGGAGGUAAAGUCAUGAAGGAGGUUUAAAUCAGUUUAAAUUUUGUUUAAACUAUAAACUGUUCUAUUUACCCCAGUAUGAUUUUGAAAUCCAAUUCAAUACUUAUAUCCGAAUAAUUUAAUUUAUAUAUCAAGUAUUUUAUUUUUGCUCAUUUUAGCUAAACAUAAAGUACUUUUGAAUUGGAUCCACUUUCAUGUGUACCUACCUUCAGAAUAUGUUGAUAGAGAGAUUUUUGUGUUUAUGGUUCAAAAUUAUAAGGCACAAAAUUAUAAAGCUCAAAAAGCACUUUAAGGGACAUAAGACACACUAAAUCAGAGGAUUUACUGUACAGUGUUUCUAAUAUGGUAUUUUUGUGUUUCUGGGUGUUUUAUAACAUUCAACCUGACAAAUCUUUGUGAUUUGAGUCCUCAAGGCAUUACUGGAUUACCCCCAUUUGCUGCUGCUCCCUUCCCCCAGCCAUCUGAAGCUACCAAAUACUGCUCAGUUUGUUCUCUGAGUUCUGAAGGGCUGAGAAGCUUUGACACAAAAUUACAAGUAAGCUUGAUCUGGAUCGUGCGUGUAGUUGCCCUUAUCUUUUCCGAGCAGGAAAAAGCUUUUGGUCAGCUUUUUCUUGUUAUCUCUCCAAUGAUUUAGAAAUUUUUCAAGCACUGAGGUUUCAACAGCCUAUAUUCUUCCAGUGCUCAGGGAUGAGUGUUCUGAUAUAUCUGAAUUUUUCUUCCUCCCUCCCCACCCGAAGUGGGGAACAAAGUUUUUCAGUAAUUCUUCUUGUUAAGUAAUGCAGUUUUCUUGUGAGACGAGAUGUAUUCAAAUACGUGAAAGAAAGCAGAAAUAUGAAUGUUUUUAUGUAGAUCUGUAUGUUUUUAUAUAUUAAAGUCCACAGUCUUACUGGAAUAAGCAGUCUGGUUUCUUGUGGGCUUAGGGGUGCCACUGUGUUUCGAACAUGGGAGAGCGGAUUGUAAAAUCCCUAUCAUACAUUCCAGCCUCAUAUGGGAAAAAGGAAAUAUGCUCCCUAAAACUCCUUCUCUGUGUGGGUUAUUAAGUGUACAGUUCUUAGUGUAAUGGAACAUCGUGUUUUUACCUCAGUGCAAUAAGUUUAAGAAAUGCAUAAACUUGGUUGUCAGUUUGAAGUGAAAGUGAUAUGUAAACCUAGGUACCUGUCUCAUUACGUGUUAUUAAUUUACAAUGAUUGUGAAAAUAUUGAUUUUGUUGUUACUGUUGAUGGGGUUUUGUUUUCAUGUUUGCUUGUUUUACUUUUUCUAGUGUGAUCCAUUGAUAUUUGAUUGAUCCUACUGUAGAAACAGAAAGAGAAUAGAUAAAAAAAUUCCUAACAUGUUUGGGUUUUUUAAACCUUCGAUGCAAAUUAUAAGAAGUUAAUUUUCAUCUGGAUGUAAUACUAAGGUGUCUGUUUAGAUUAAUUUUCCACAAAUAUGGAAAAGCUUAGCUUAGAGAGCCUCUGUGUAAUCAUGCAUAUUUGUAGUUAGGUAUGUUUAAAUAAAUUCUACAUUUGCACAUUCGUCAUUUAUAAUAUAGCUUAUAUAGCAAAAGGAGAGAAGUGACAAUAGUGAAAGAUCAAAACAGGCUGGCAAAGUAAAACAAAAGUUAUUAAAACGAAUUUAAAGUUAUUGCUACUCUGCAUGCAGUAUGGUGUUAUAUUCCUUCUGAGCUCUUUUCUUCUUACUUGUUCAUUAGUUCUCUAAGUAUUCUUAGCUGCUUACACCCAUCAGUUUUCAUCUCUAGCUUUAUAUUCAGUAAUUUUCUAUUUUGUGUAGACAUUUGAUGCAAAGCUGUAUACAUUUUAGAGAAUUACACUUUUGAAUUUGCCUUUAUAUCCUUUUUUCCUACGUCAUUCCAUGUAGUUUUCAGAGAUCACGAGUGUCUUCAUAUUAAAGUACUUUAGUGGGAUCACAGACUGCAAUUCAUUUCCUCCUGAAUGAUUUACAUAAUCUGCAGGUGUAUAGAUUUGUUACAUAGGAGCUUUGUCACACAGGGAAAACCUUCUUGGAUCUUUCAUGGGAUUUUUUUGCAUUUAAUGUAGGAAAACAACUUAUGUCAGUGAAAUAGAGCAUGUAUCUUCUUCAUUUAGAACAUUCAAAACUUCUUGAAAUUUUAGUGAGGAAAAUACUCUUCUUUCUUUAAUUUAGGAUUUUGAGGCUGAUACAUUAAACAACCAGAGACUGGUAUCUUUAUCUCUCUACAUAUACCCUAGAUUUUUAUUUACCUAUCUGACAGUAACAGUUCUGAAGCAGCCAAAUGCCUGCACUGGAUGAGGUACUCAGUGUGGAGAUGAUACUUCCAUGAAACAUAAGGGGCUACCCAGUGUUUGUAUUGGGUUUAUUAUUUAUCUGAUUUAACAAAUUACACACAGAUGUUUUCAGUUAUUUCAGGAGGGAUGACAGGAUGAAAGGGAAAUUCAGUGACACGUGUUUAUUUUAGUUCCUAUUCUUCUUUUGAAAGAACCCAAUUAUCCAAUGACAGGCUUUAGUGUUUGACCCUCCCAUAUACUGCUGGGCUGCAUGUCUGUCUUGCCUUCCUAAGUCUGGCUUUUUUAAGUUUGGGGGACAGUUUAGAAGAAUUCAGACCAUAGCCAUGGUUGAAAGAGUGGUACAAUAUGUGUUAAAACAGGCCCAGCUUUUCCUCUCAAAUAUUUAUUCAUGUGAUAGUUUGUUUUUCUGGCAGAUCAAGAUACAAUCUGGUUUUGGAGAACAACCAGAUUAAAUUUUUUCCAUCCUUCCUAAAUCAAAACAACCCUUCCCUUUUAAGAAAUAACCUUGAGCUUCUUAUUUAUUUAAAAUGUGCUUAGUUGCUAAUAGGUUAAUUUUUUUAAGUUGCAGCAUUUUAAACAUCUCACACUAUUCUACCAAUGAUAUUCUCAAUAAAUCUCUCAACGUGGUACAUGUUUGCUGAGCAGGAAGGAAGAAUACUGCAUGGGAUCAGAAUGUUUUUGUUAGUGACAAAAUGUGUUUUGGGAGGACAGUACUGAUUUUGAAUUUGGAAGCACUUUACUUAAAGUAUCUCUUUAGCUUUGUCUGCUCUGCUGCUGCUGGUAGGGAAGGGUAAAGUAAAAAUGCUGUGGCUCACAAGCGAAAUUGAGAGCUUCAUACUUUUCUGGUGUUGCAGUUAAUGUGCGACGUGCUACACAGAAUGUGGCUCAGCUCUGAGAGAGAUGGGUUGUCUGGUUCUGCUGAUGUUUCAUAGUGUGGGUCAGUUUGUUUGGGUUUGUUUUUGUUUUGUUUUUACCCUUGGGUCCCUCCUCUCCAUUUGCUCUAGGAAGGGAAUAGAUCAGGCUGGAGAAUUAAGCUUUGCUCCUGCAGUUGUAGGGUAAGGGCUGAAUGCACUGUUGGUGCCAUUGCACUGCCUGUUCCCCACAUCCGAUCCUGUAUAGUGUUGACAGGAAAGAUGAUAAACAUUUGCUGUCCCUUGACAUGAUGAGACAGUCAGAAACAUAGUUUACAGUUUAUAUUCUCUGCUGCUUGAAUUAUGUCCAGCAAGAAGACAGACUUUGCCAAGAAUGGAGUAGUGCCUGAACUAUAGUAUUUUUAGGCAUAACAAUAUGGUGGUGUUGUUUUUAAACUGGUUGUUCCAUUUAAAACAUUUUUUGAUUUAAGAAAAUGUGUCAUGGAAAUGUCUUUUGACAAUUGUUAGGAUCGUUUGCUCUUAAGACUUCUGCUCCUGUCAUUGCCCCCUUCAGCAGGAAAAUCACUUCUGGGUCUUUUGAGACAGUCAGAGCCUUACAUGUAAGUUUAUUUAAGAUAAAUACUGUUUGUCAUUAUUAUAAUAGCAACAAAGACUACUAUUGCACAAUGAGAGGAUAACAGAGCUCCCUACUGCAACCUUGCCUAAUUAGGUGAAACUUGAUCUAGCCUAUCUUGUUCCUGUCACAACUGUGGCCUGUCUUGUUUCUUUAGAACAUCUUAUCACUGCUCGUCAUUACUGGCUAAAUUCAUGUGCCAGUAGACCAAAAAUACUCCAUUUAAGUAGUUUUUCACUGUAGCUGUUGCACAGAAACUGUUACUAGGUUUUAGCUUUACACAACAUUUUUAUAUUCACUGCUAUUUACAACUGUCCACAUGAAGAAUAUUUUAAGGAUGGUUCUUCGGAAUAUUGUAAAAGCAACAAAAGGAAAAUCUUGGCUACGGAAAAAGAAAGGACUUAAAUGUAAACAGUGGACCAAGGACAGAAUUAUAAAAGAGAAGAUGAUAUUAACUGUGUUUCUGAGCAACAAUGAACAGAUUCUGACAGAAGUUCCAAUUACACCAGAAACAACCUGUCGCGAUGUCGUGGAGUUCUGCAAAGAGCCUGGAGAAGGAAGCUGCCAUCUGGCUGAAGUAUGGCGUGGAAAUGAGCGCCCCAUACCCUUUGAUCACAUGAUGUAUGACCACCUACAGAAGUGGGGGCCCCGCAGGGAAGAAGUAAAAUUUUUUCUUCGUCAUGAAGAGUCACCAGCUGAAAGCAAUGAACAGAGUGGCCGUCAAGCCCAAAAUCAAAGAAAUGGCAUAAAUAUACCUGUGGAGAAACGAACUGAGAAUGGGGUUGGCAAUCCACGUGUUGAGCUUACUCUUUCUGAGCUGCAAGAUAUGGCUGCCCGACAACAGCAACAGAUUGAAAAUCAACAGCAAAUGUUGGUUGCUAAGGAGCAACGUUUGCGUUACCUGAAGCAGCAAGAACGUCGCCAGCAGCAGUCUGUUUCUGAGAGUGAAAAGCUUCAAAAACUCAAAGAACGUGUUGAAACCCAAGAAACAAAGCUGAAAAAAAUCCGUGCCAUGAGAGGACAAGUGGACUACAGCAAGAUGAUGAAUGGCAAUUUGUCAACUGAAAUUGAGCAUAUAAGUGCCAUGUUCCAGGAAAAGCAGCAGGAGCUGCAGGCUGCAGUGUUAAAAGUGGAUCAACUCACUCAGCAACUGGAGGAUUUAAGGAAAGGGAAACUGAAUGGGUUUCAGUCUUACAAUGGACAAAUGACAGGGCCUGCAGCAGUAGAACUAAAAAAGUUGUAUCAAGAGCUACAGAUCCGUAACAGGCUUAACCAGGAGCAGAACUCCAAGCUGCAGCAGCAGAAAGAACUCCUAAACAAACGCAAUAUGGAGGUGGCCAUGAUGGACAAGCGAAUCAACGAGCUGCGCGAACGUCUGUACAAGAAAAAAGUUGAGGCACGUCAAAAAGAAAACAUUCCUUUGAAUCGCAUUAAUGGAACUUCGUCGCCCCAGUCAUCCCUGAGUGCUUCAGGAAGGGUGGCAGCAGUAGGACCUUACAUCCAAGUUCCCAGUGCUGGCACUUACACUGUACCAGUAGAUCCAGUUAAGCCACAGUCACUCACCAUUGCUCCUAACUCAACACAUGGAAGAUCAAAAUCUGAGACAGACUGUGGGUGUGUGAAAAAAUCUCCAGACACCUGGAAGGUUUCUGAUUUAGACAUAAUAGUGGAUCCUAUUCUGUCACCUCCCACUUCUCUUCAGUCUGCUGUUCACAAUGUCAUCCGCCUGGCACCUACUCUGUUUGACACCCAGCACUCUAAUGAUGGAAACUGGCCGAUACUUAAACAGAGCUCAGCCCCUGUGGUAAAACCCCCUCAGAUCUCCAACACAGACUGGAAAGAAUCGAGCAUGGAUACUGCUUUAAAACAAGGAACUAUAUCCAGCCAGCCUUUGCCAACUUCAGUAUUAGGAAGUACUGAUAAGCUGGGUCUUGACUUGGGGAAGGUGCCACCAACAGUUCCUGGUGUAAGCAAGCAGUUGCCUCAGAACUAUGGGACCUAUCCAAGCCCAGUUCCAUUAGGAACAGGUUCUACAAACUCUCUAGAAAGAAGGAAGGAUGGCAGCCUGCCCAGACCUGGCACCAGUGUAGCAAAUCGGCAAAGGCCAGUUCCGCUCCCGCCGCCCAGCAACGUGCACCAGCCCAGCUCUUCACAGCAGAUCCAGCAGAGAAUUUCUGUCCCUCCCAGCCCCACGUAUCAACCCUCUGGUCCCCCCUUGUUCCCCGGAGGAGAGGGCAGGCCAGAACUGCCUUUGACUGUGGCAAUCAGACCUUUUCUCGCUGACAAAGGAUCCAGACCUCAGUCUCCCAGAAAAGGGCCACAGACAGUGAACUCCAGUUCCAUCUACUCAGUGUAUCUUCAGCAAGCAACACCACCAAAGAAUUACCAACAAGCUGUGUACAAUACUUUAAAUAAGUCGGUAAAAGCAGUUUAUGGAAAGCCUGUAUUACAGUCUGGUUCAACCUCUCCCUCACCCUUGCCAUUCCUUCAUGGCUCUUUGCCUGCCCAGUCUCCCUCACAGCCACAACCUCAGCCUCAGACUGAGAUCACUGAAAAAGAGCAAGAGCUGGAAAAUGCUCCACCACCCAGUGAAAACAGCAAUGUGGAAAACAUUCCCCGUCCUCUCAGUCCUACUAAGCUCACCCCUAUUGUGCACUCGCCCCUACGGUAUCAGAGUGAUGCUGACCUCGAGGCUCUGAGGAGAAAAUUGGCCAAUGCUCCAAGGCCAUUAAAGAAACGCAGCUCCAUCACCGAGCCAGAGGGCCCGAGUGGACCAAAUAUACAAAAAUUAUUAUAUCAGCGCUUUAAUACCCUGGCUGGAGGGAUAGAAAGUGCUCCUUUUUAUCAGCCAAGCAAUCCACAGGACUUCAUAGGCAACUUAGCUGACGUUGAUAAUGGGAAUGCCAGCACCAAUGGCAAUAUUGAAGAACCAAUCCCCGUGCAACCUACAGUUCCUGUCCCUGAUGAACCACCCCCUUCAUCAGAUGCCAAUGAUAAUGAGUUACCUUCUCCUGCUACCGAGGAGCUGAUAAGCACUGAAACCACAAAUCAAACACCUGAGACAACUGAAGACAACAACAACAAUCUUGCUAUAGUUCCUUCUACUGAGCAGUCACCCAGUCCCACACCAGAGGUCAGUUCUCCAGUAGAAGAUGAAGCUCCUUUGCCACCUGCUCUUCCUCCUCCACUUCCUGCAACAAAACGUACCAACUUGAAGAAACCCAACUCAGAAAGAACAGGCCAUGGUUUGAGAGUGAAGUUUAAUCCCUUGGCUCUCCUCCUAGAUGCUUCUUUGGAGGGUGAAUUUGAUCUGGUACAACGAAUCAUAUAUGAGGUUGAUGAUCCCAGUAAACCAAAUGAUGAAGGCAUUACACCUUUGCAUAAUGCAGUGUGUGCUGGUCAUCACCACAUUGUGAAGUUCCUACUCGAUUUUGGUGUAAAUGUAAAUGCAGCAGAUAGUGAUGGGUGGACACCCUUGCAUUGUGCAGCUUCUUGCAAUAGUGUUCAUCUCUGUAAACUACUGGUUGAAUCUGGGGCAGCUAUUUUUGCUUCAACUAUAAGUGAUAUAGAAACUGCUGCAGACAAGUGUGAGGAGAUGGAAGAAGGUUAUAUUCAGUGUUCCCAGUUUUUGUAUGGAGUUCAGGAGAAGCUGGGAGUGAUGAAUAAAGGGGUGGUGUAUGCUCUGUGGGAUUAUGAAGCCCAGAACAAUGACGAGCUGUCAUUCCACGAGGGCGAUGCCAUCACUAUUCUGAGGCGCAAGGAUGACAAUGAAACGGAGUGGUGGUGGGCCCGCCUCAAUGACAAGGAAGGCUAUGUGCCUAAAAACCUCCUUGGGUUAUAUCCACGAAUAAAACCUCGACAGCGAACCCUUGCUUGAAUUCAGUUUUACGACAAUGCAGUACCAUGCUGGUAACUGGAAACUUAGAACAUACACUGGAGCCAUCAUUUUUGAUCAUUUCACACAGAGAAAUAAAACUAUGAGACUUAGUUUUAAUGGUGCUUUCUCUUGUUAAAUGGACAGCAUCCACAGUUUCCAAGAUCUGCAGUUUGUAAGUGAGGAUCGUUUCUGUGUGACCGAGCACUGAGAGGAGAGCGAUACCUCCAGUACCGACAGUGUUGCGCCAACUCUCGUCUAACGCAGUGUUUUGAGUCAGAGUUCUGUGGUAGGAGCUUUCUUGUGUUCCGUGUUCAGAGGUGUCAUUUGCAGAGUGCAGAUGCACUGUCCAGUUUGCUCCAAUCCCCCACAGUAACUGUCCCAUGUCGGGAUUUUGGGUAUUUCUGUUCAAUACCAGUGAAUGUUGAGUUCUCAUUACCGAUCAACUUUUUGGGUUCUAGGACAUGAGAUCUUCACCUGUUACAUGCAUAAUUAAGUAGUUACCAAAGCUUGGUGAAGGCUAGGAUUUUAGGUGGCAACAUGCUAAACACUUAAAUCCUAGUCUGGACAACCCCAACAAAAGCUUUACCUAGUCUAGCAUCUUGCAUUAUUUGCAUUUAGAAUCAAGCUAGAGAACUAACAAAACCAACAGUAUUUGUACACUUCUCAAAGUCCCUACACAAUAUUUCACUUGGUGUUUUAUUUUCUUAUUAUUAUUCAGCCUAUAGCACCGGUGUUACCUCUACGAAUGUAAAGGUUCCCCUACUAACCCCCCGAGCUCGUCCAGCCUGGACACAACAGUUAGUACUGAAGUUGCAGCAGCUUAAGGGAUUUGUAUGUCUGCAGGGAUGAAAGUGCAAUAGUUGAAAAGGGUAAGAGUCUGGUAAGGGAUAUAAUGUGUCACCUGAAGUCUGCCUGAGUCAGUCUAGAAGAAAAUAUGAAGGACUGGAUAGAAGUAGAAAGAGGGUCAUGUAGAUGCCAAGUUGAGGAGAAGAAAGGAACAAGGUUUAGAGAAGGAUUUAAGAAAGGCAAUAGCUUAUUUGAGGACAGUUUCUGUGGUUCUUGGCAGCCUACAACUGCUGCCAAGGCAAGUUAUGCAAUAACCUGUUCCACUACAUUGUAGUUUCAAGCAAAAAAUAAAAACCCCACAAACAGGCACUUCACUGGAAUUUUAAUUGUACAUGAUUUUAUAUACCAAAAGUAUAUUUUGAAUUUCCCGUUAUAAGUUUUAGCCAUAUUUCUUGUAAUUUUCUCCCAUUUAACAGUAUGCAAUUUGAUUAACUCUUCAUGUACAAGUUCUGUGUAUAAUUUAUAUAUCCAUUUCUGCAGUGCUGUAACUUGCUUUUACCACAGGUCAGCAUUAACUGUAUAUAUUGUGGUGAAAAGUGAAAGGGUAUUAUUGUUGAAGAAUUUGCUACAUGAAUGUGAUGAUUUCAAGAGCCUAUGAUACACUAAUUCAGAGAACAUGUAAAUGUGCACAAUAAAGUACUGCUAAGGCA